UAAGCAUUGCCCAAUGAUAUUCACAGAGACCGUUAACAUACAGAAACAGAUACAGAGAAACGGAAACCAGAACCAAAUCCAAAAUGCGUGAGUGUAUCUCUAUCCACGUUGGACAAGCCGGUGUUCAAAUUGGUAAUGCGUGCUGGGAGCUGUACUGCCUGGAACACGGAAUCCAACCCGAUGGCCAGAUGCCGAGCGACAAGACACAAGGAGGCGGCGACGACUCGUUCAAUACUUUCUUCAGCGAGACAGGCGCUGGAAAACACGUCCCCAGAGCGGUCUUUGUCGACUUAGAGCCAACUGUAGUCGAUGAGGUUCGUACCGGUUCCUACCGUCAGCUCUUUCACCCUGAGCAACUGAUAACGGGCAAAGAGGAUGCGGCCAACAACUACGCCAGGGGACAUUACACGAUCGGGAAACAACAGGUUGACCAGGUGCUUGAUCGACUCCGUAAGCUAGCUGACCAGUGCAGUGGACUGCAAGGGUUCUUCAUCUUUCACUCGUUUGGUGGAGGAACAGGGUCAGGAUUCUCCUCUCUGCUCAUGGAACGGUUGUCCGUGGACUACGGUAAAAAGUCCAAACUAGAAUUUGCCGUUUACCCAGCCCCUCAUAUCGCUUCGGCUGUUGUCGAGCCCUACAACUCCAUCCUGACCACCCACACAACACUGGAGCACUCUGACUGCGCCUUUAUGGUGGACAACGAGGCCAUCUAUGACAUCUGCCGCCGCAACCUGGACAUCGAGAGACCGAGCUACACCAACCUGAACCGUCUGAUUGGUCAGAUCGUGUCUUCCGUCACAGCCUCGUUGCGAUUCGAUGGAUCCUUGAACGUCGACCUGAAUGAGUUCCAAACUAAUCUGGUGCCUUACCCACGCAUCCAUUUUCCGCUCGCAACUUACGCGCCCGUCAUCUCUGCUGAGAAAGCCUACCACGAGCAGCUGACUGUAGCGGAAAUCACCAACGCAUGUUUUGAGCCCGCGAACCAGCUUGUCAAAUGUGAUCCGCGUCACGGCAAGUACAUGGCUUGCUGUCUGCUAUUCCGAGGGGACGUGGUACCUAAAGAUGUCAACGCUGCUAUAGCAACCAUCAAAACCAAGAGAACAAUCCAAUUUGUAGACUGGUGCCCGACCGGAUUCAAGGUCGGCAUCAACUACCAGCCACCCACUGUUGUCCCUGGCGGUGACCUGGCCAAGGUGCAGCGUGCCGUGUGCAUGUUGAGCAACACCACAGCCAUCGCCGAGGCCUGGGCUCGUCUGGAUCACAAGUUUGAUCUGAUGUACGCCAAGCGUGCCUUUGUCCACUGGUAUGUGGGUGAGGGUAUGGAAGAAGGAGAGUUCUCCGAGGCUCGUGAGGAUCUGGCAGCUCUUGAGAAGGACUACGAGGAGGUCGGUGUUGACAGUGUCGGGGAGGGUGAGGAAGAAGACUAUGGCGAGGAUUACUAGACAAUGAAAUGAUUGUUUCCAUGACGUCAGUUACUCAAACGUUUGUUGGAAUAAAAAAGAUUAACUUAAA